AUGGAAGUGGAUCAGUACACCAGUGUAACCACCGAAUGGUCAUAUUCUGGCGAAGGAUCACGGUUACCGCUCAUCGACGAAUCUUCUGCACUUGGGACGCAUUUACCAAAGGACAGGUUAAUUGCAGUACUGGAUCAAGUUGAGAUGCGGGUAGAGAGACUCAGGCGGGAUACUGUGCGCAUUGAAGAGGAACGCGAUUCUCUGCUGUCCACUUUGGACAGUGUGAAGCACUCGGAACUCUUGGGCGACAUAUCGGAAUGUGAUAAAGACGACAUUAUUCGGUACGCGGAUCGCAUCUUGGCACGCGCAAUGACUGUGGAAGUGGCAGUGCGCACUGAUCGAGACUCCCAACAAGAAGAGGCUCUGCAUCAAGUGAAUAUGUACAUCGAUCAGCUGGUGAUGUCGGUGCACGAAGAUGCGGUCAUAGCGCACACUCGGUGUCAGACCUACAUGAACGCCUGCACUUCGCAGCCCGACCCCUGCUCGGGCACCGACAAGAACUUCGAGUCCGCCAUCUUGGGCUGCACCCUUGAUGAUCAGAAAAGGGUGAAGAAACGCCUCCAGGGCCUCCUUGACUACUUCGCUAAGCUUAACAUCACAACUUGUACGUGA